UCCUGUGUUCAAUGUUUCUUCAUUUUUUGCUUCUGUAUAGUACAGUAGAGCAUUUAAGCUAAUUAAAAUGGUAUCAUGAGGGGCUUAGACAUUUGGAUCACAGUUAAAAACUGAUGCAGAAAGGAAAUUAUCAGUAUUCACCAUAUGUAUCAGUAUAUAAAAUAGUCAUUUAACUCCACCUUUACUAGUUGCAACAUUACUGAUUACACAUUAAUGCAACAAUAACUGUAGAAUUCAAUAAUAUAGAGUGAUAUAUAUUAUUCUGAAUUGGGCCAUUUUGCAAAAUAAGUAUUUGUAGUUUUGGUACUUUCAGUACAUUUUAGGGUUGUACCUAUGUAACUUAAGUAAGAUUUGUAAUGCAGGACUAUUACUUGUAACACAGUAUUUCCACUGUACAUGCUACUUUUACCUAAGGAAAUCAUCUGAAUAUUUCUUCCACCUUUCCUCUUAAGUUGCCAGACUAUAAGAUACACAUAGUUAGAGCUAAUACAGUGUAAUCAUACACAUAGACUGAAAUAGUAAUAAUAGUAAAUAAUAAGAAUAAUAGUAGUGUAAUACAACAGUCUUGCAUUAACUCCUACCUUCAUGAAGGUUGGUCAUAUGGACUCACCUGAAUUUUAAAAUUAAUUUGCAAUAACAACAUUUUAUGUUAACAAAAUCAACCAAUCAUUUUGAAAAUACAGCAGUACCUAUGUCUUAGCAAGACAAAAACACUUUCCAAGGUUUUAUCUACGGUAUGGUUAUGUAAUCUGUUGAUUAUUUUCUUCACAAAUCUAUUAUUCAUUGGUCUAUAAAGUGUCAGAAAAAUGUAAUUUUCAUCAGUCCAGGAAGACAUGUUUUGUUUUAUUUGACCUACAUUCCAAAACCCAAGGAUAUUGAAAAAUAAAAAGCCUCAUAGCCUCAAAUUUGAAAAGCUUCUUUCAGUUUCUGUUUCUUUCUUAAACUUAAAACUUGAGUUCAUUCAAAUCAAGGCUGACAACUUUUUCUGUUAACCACUACUUCUAGUGUUAGAUUUGGAGCUUGAAUCUGAGCUUGAUUUCAAUCGAAUCUGCGUUUCUGAAAAUGAAAAAAGUAAACACUCCUGAAGGAAUUAUUUGGUUGUUUUUUUAGCAUAGACUGCAUUAGUUUAAGCUGCAUGUACCUAAUAAACUGGCAACAAAUCCAAUGUAUACUUCACAGCGCACCUUGUUCCAUUCAUGCUUUUAUUCAUUGAUCCAAUAGUUUACAUUGUGCAUGCCUAUGAUGCCAAACACGGCGCUUUUCAUGACAGAAAUGCCCAUAUGGAGCGAUCCAUGGGCUUGAAGCAGAGAACAGCCCUGUACAGAGAUGUGGUCACCAUCUUGUCGAGAUCGCAUGCAGACCGUAACGUGUACCCGUCUGCAGGAGUGCUGUUCGUCCAUGUUCUGGAGAGAGAGUAUUUUAAAGGAGAGUUUCCUCCCUACCCGAAGUCAGGUGAUGCCAGCAACGACCCGAUCACUUUCAACACAAACCUGAUGGGCUACCCCGACAGGCCGGGCUGGCUGCGCUACAUCCAGAGGACCCAGCACAGCGACGGAGUGCUGUACGGCUCCCCCACCGCAGAGCAUGUCGGCAAGCCCUCCGUCAUAGAGAUUACUGCCUAUAACAGACGCACUUUCGAGACGGCACGGCACAACUUGGUCAUAAACAUCAUGGCCACAGAAGAGUUCCCUCUGCCCUUCCAGGCUGAGUUUUACAUCAAGAACAUGAAUGUGGAGGAGAUGCUGGCCAGCGAGGUGCUGGGAGACUUUCUGGGAGCGGUGAAGAACGUCUGGCAGCCUGAGCGCCUCAACGCCAUAAACAUCACCUCGGCGCUGGAUCGUGGCGGCCGUGUGCCCCUACCCAUCAACAACCUGAAGGAAGGAGUGUAUGUGAUGGUUGGUGCUGAUGUUCCCUUCUCGUCGUGCCUGCGGGAGGUGGAAAGCCCACAUAACCAGCUGCGCUGCAGUCAGGAGAUGGAGCCCGUCAUCAGCUGUGACAAGAAGUUCAGGGCUCAGUUUAACAUUGAUUGGUGCAAAAUCUCUCUGGUUGACAUCAACAAAGUGGUCCCGGUUUACAUUACCCGUCCUGACCCGGGCACAGGGAUCCUGCCUGAAUUCGGGGAAUACGACCCCCCCUCUGAGUCUCUGCAGGGCCGGAACUACUUCUCAGACUUCCUCAUCACGCUGGCUGUUCCCUCCGCUGUGGCGCUAGUCCUCUUCUUCAUCCUCGGCUACACUAUGUGCUGCCGACGGGAAGGGGUGGAAAAAAGAAACAUGCAAACACCAGACAUCCAGCUGGUUCACCACAGCUCCAUCCAGAAGUCCAGCAAGGAGCUGAGGAGCAUGUCUAAGAACCGGGAGAUCUCCUGGCCCCUGUCCACGCUGCCCGUCUUCAACCCAGUCAGCGGCGAGGUGGUGCCGCCCAUCCACCCUGACAACUACGAGACCACCAGCAUGCCCCUCAUGCAGACACAGACGAAUCUGCAAAACCAGAUUACGAUACCACAGCAACGGCCAUCAGGAGAUAAUUAUGUCAUGUCAACAUUUCGAAGGCUGGAGGUAAAUGGUAUUCCUGAGGAGAGAAAGGUGGCCGAGGCACUGAAUUUGUGACCAGAGACGAUGUCAUAUCUAUAUUUUUUUUGUUUUUCUUUCUAACAUUUGUGCCAAUCUGCAUGCCUCAGAAGUGUCUUUACAAAGAUUUAUCGUCCAUAUGCACUUACACCUUAAAGAGUGAGUGUGAAAGAGAGCAAAAGAUUAUAAAAAUAGAGUAGAAUAUUUUGAAAUAUUUGUAAAUGUUAAAAUGCUUGUAUUUCUACUUGCUUUGCACAAUGGACCUCUUAGAGGAAAAGGGAGUUUUACAUGGAAAUACUUUUGUUGAAAUACUAGUUGUCAUGUGUUUUUAAUUAUAUGUAAUGUGUCACAUGAUAACAAUAAAUUCUUUCAAAAUAA